AGAAAAUUGCAUUUCUUUUUAAACCCUAAAACCCUCAUUUUUCAUACAGUUCCCAAACUUCCCCUCCGAUGGCUUUAGCUUCCGGUUUCCGACGCCUGCUAAUUGGUUCCGGCACGCUUCACUCCCAGUAUGCUUCGAUUCGUUUCAAUUCCACACUCACUUCCCCGAAGCUCUUCGUUAGCGGGCUCUCGAGACUUACAACAGAUGAAAAGUUCAAAGAGGCAUUUUCCCACUAUGGCCAGCUUGUUGAAGCCAAAAUUGUAACAGACAGGGCCACUGGAAGAUCAAAGGGGUUUGGUUUCGUUACAUAUAUGACCAUCGAGGAAGCAGAGAAGGCAAGAGAAGGAAUGAAUGCCAAGUACUUGGACGGGUGGGUUAUUUUUGUCGACCCUGCCAAACCACGACAACCCAGACCUCCACCUCAAUCAGAACCAGAGUCUUCUGAAACUGGUUUCAGAACAAACAAAACUGUUGGAUGGUGCGGAUAAUAUAUAGUUUAAUUAAGAUGAAGUGAUUAUUUUGGAGACUAAGCUUUCAUUCCCUUUCUUUUUCUGUAAACAAAGGCCGAUGUUGAGGUGAUGAUUAGCAGAGAAAUUAACGUAUAUGAAAACCAGUCAAACAUUUUUGUACGAAUUUGUUAUUUUAUAAACUUUAUUUGCUAAU